AUGCAGAGCCUCACGCUGGCUGGUGGCUACUGGAUGUGGGAUACCGAUGAAGAGAAUUGGGAUACGCUUGAAGACUACCUGUGGGAUUAUCUUGGAAAAGCGAGCUUGAAACAACCUGUUGAAUCUCGAGUUUCUACGAAUCUUCGAUCGCUGACUCUUGACCGUUCCGAAUGCAAUGGACAAGCGGCAUUUCUUCACUGCUCGUCCAUAUUCAUCAUUCCGCAACUCCAUGAUCUCACAAUACGUGGUUUUAUGCUUGAGGAAGAAGAUACCGAUAUCGACCCCCAGUUUGAACGCCAGACUGAACUUAAAUCCUUGCGUAUCGAGAGAAGCUUUGUGAACUUUGUGGCUUUAAAGAAAGCCUUGCUUGCUCCGCGUGCAUUGAGGUACCUUAGUAUUGGCCAUGCAGAGUAUUUCUGGCACCAUGAGCUCAAGAACGCGGAAUACAACCAAGCAACAGUGACUGAGUUUGUGGGGGCCUUGCUACCUCAUCGUGAUACACUCGAAGAGAUCAAAGUGAUCGUUGACUAUGAUGGCAGUAGGGAGUCGACUUUAACAGCCAAUGCCUCGAGCUUCCGUAAACAUGCAACACAAUUUCCGGUACUGAAGCGCUGGCUUGGCUGUGAUAAGACAACGUUGUCGCAUUAUCUCAAUUCGGAUGAACCUAGUUCAUCCGAUGAAGAUCGCGAAGACAAUGAAUGA